AUGGAGACCUAUGUCACCGAUCCGAAUGCUCACCCUCCCGCUGGAUCCAGCAGCGUCGAUGCCUGUGUCGCUUCCAAUAACACUCAGGCCUGCUCACCUGCAGAUCAAAAGAAUUGGUCCGAGCAAGUCCCUACGCCUGGUGAUCCAACGGAGACCGAAGAGAAUACCUUUGACCACUACAAUAGCCACUAUGCCACACCUCAAGCCGGUGUCGAUGCCAUGGAGGACACGCCUACCUCGAUUGAGUGCGAUAUUGUGAGAGUCGCACGUGACCUUCCGUACUACACAGAGAACUUCAAAAGCAUUUCAUACAAUGGACAAGAGGUCUGCUUAAAUAGUCCACUGAACAUGGCGUUCCUCGACGUCAUUAGGUCCUUAUCUGAGCCCUUAAAAGACACUGAGCCGGGGAUGAUUUCUGAGGGCUUGCGGAAGUUCAAGUUGAUCCCCAGGAAGGGAAGGGAAGCUUCAACUCCGGCGGGCAAACCGAUGAUAGAUCAUCCACUCGACCGUUAUGAGAAGGAUCAGCAUGUCUCUCAGUCCAGCUCCAGUGCUGAGACACUUCCAGACACUGAGACACUUCCAGACACUGAGACACUCCGUGAGAAUGAGAGCAAGGAACCGGCUGAAGCUGAGGCAGGCACGAAGAACCAUCAAGAAUCCAGCUCGACUGUGGCAAAUCCAGACGUCUGCGAAUCAACCCUACCCAUCAAAGAGUUCAAUGACUUCUGUGCCAAGAACGUGAGCUGUUUCCAAACAAUCUCAAAGUUGGGCAGUCAUCUGGUCAGCAUGCGCGAGUUCAUGAAGAUCAUGGAAGGGAUACAGAUGGAGACCACGAAAAGGAUCAAGGUGAUCCACUGGCCACCUGCUGAUAGGACCUCGGUGGAAGAAGAGGCUGGCACGGGUGUCGAAGAGCGUUGCGCUGAUCCCGCUCAACGUCAUCAUGACCGGGUCACGGAAGCUGUUGGCGUUGAAGACGGCCCCGCCUCCUCCAACCUUUUAGAGCGGGAAUCGAGGUGGCGGGUUACCAUCAAAGAAGAGACUGCGAAAGACACAAGGCUCUGA